CCCCGCGCCAUGGACUGCGGCGUGAUCACGUCCAAGACGGUGCUGGUGCUGCUGAGCGUCGCCUUCUGGGCAGCAGCAGCUGGUCUUAGCUAUGUCGGGGGAUACGUCAUUAACACCUACAAGAGCUAUGACAACUUCCUGCAAGAUGAGCAUGCUCUCCUGCCAGCGGUGAUCAUUAUUUGUGUUGCCAUCGUGAUGUUCGUCAUCGGCUUGAUCGGCUGCUGUGCCACCCUCCGCGAGUCACGAGUUGGCCUGGGGCUGUUCUUGGCCAUUAUCCUGGUUAUCUUUAUUGCGGAAGUAUCAGCUUUUGUCCUGGGACUUGUGUACAGGGAAAAGGUAAAAACUGAUGUGCAGGAUACAAUGCGUUCAGUCUUUGAAAAGUAUGAUGGGAAAAAUGCAGAGUCAACUGUCAUGAAUUACUUGCAAGAACAGCUUCACUGCUGUGGCGUGAGGAACUACAGCGACUGGACGAGCACACAGUGGUUUAACUCCACGGGUAACAACAGCGUCCCGCUGAGCUGCUGCAAGCAAGACAUGAGCAACUGCACGGGGAGCCUUGAGCAGCCACAGGAACUCAACACCAAGGGCUGUGCGGGGGAGCUGGAGUCGGGGCUGCAGAGCGUACUCAGCUACGCUAUGCUCGUAAUCCUGGGAUUUGCCAUCGUAAAGUUCUUUGCCAUGCUGAGUGUCUGCGUACUCACUUGCAAGAGAGAAGACACUGGAUAUCAGCCUCUUUACUCGGGGGUGUUUGCUUGAUAAAAUGCAAAGAUCCUUCCCAAUGAUAGAAUAGAUUUGUAAAGAUUCAUGUUAAAAGACAAGUUAUGACCUUUUGGUUAAAUAUUUUAUCUACAUAAAACAGAAAGAACAUAGUGUUUUGAUUUGGGAAGUUUCUUGUGGGUGGUAUGUGAAAUGACACUCCAUUUUUARUGCUGUGUAGUAGUUUAUCCUGUUCAUACACACUGCAGCUUCCUGUAAAGUUAAUUAAAAUUUACAUUUGUGACUUUUUCAAUGUACCAACGGAUGGAAUAGUAGAGUCCAGGAAGUAAUCUGCUUAUGCAGUUCCUUUCUGUACCCUAAAAUACGCGGAGAGAAUGAUAAUUUCUAAUUACUAAAUUGAUUGAGAGAGCAGGAGGGAUUCAUUGGCUGCACAAACACCAAAUUCUCCUCAUGGCACGGUUAAACAGCAAAAUAAAUUCUUGAAUAGGUGAAUUGAAUACUCCUUAUAAUUCUAGGGAGUUUCAAGUGUAUCUGGUACAUUUCAGGUGUAUCUGGUAGCGUUUCUUUUUUUCCUUCUUGCUAUGGUUAUUCAGAUUAUUGUAGAGGGUGUUAGGGCAAGACAACACUUUGAAGCAUUGUGUAAAACCUAAACCAGAAAUUUGGUGUUGUCUUUUGAAGCACCUAUCAAAUGUGAACAAGCCCGGGUCAUGAGCAGGCCUGUAUUUUGGGCUUGGGGUAUUACUGUUUUGGGGUUUUCUUU